AUGGGACAAACGCAAAUAUGGGAAAAACGCAAAUAUGUGAAAAACGCAAAUAUGGGAAAAACGCAAAUAUGGCAAAGACGGAAAUAUGGGAAAAACGCAAAUAUGGCAAAAACGCAAAUAUGGCAAAAACGCAAAUAUGGCAAAAACGCAAAUAUGGCAAAAACGCAAAUAUGGGAGAAACGCAAUUAUGGGAAAACGCAAAUAUGGGAAAAACGCAAAUAUGUGAAAAACGCAAAUAUGGGAAAAACGCAAAUCUGGGAAAAACGCAAAUAUGGGAAAAACGCAAAUAUGGGAAAAACGGAAAUAUGGGAAAAAUGUCAUAGUCUGAAUAGUCAAAGGUUGACGAAAUAUAUGAGAAACGCAAAUAUGGGAAAAACGCAUAUAUGGGAAAAACGCAAAUAUGGGAAAAAUGCAAAAUGGGAAAAACGAAAAUAUGGGAAAAACGCAUAUAUGGCAAAAACGCAAAUAUGGCAAAAAACAAAUAUGGGAAAAACGCAAAUAUGGCAAAAACGCAAAUAUGACAAAAACGCAAAUUUGGGAAAAACGCCAAUAUGGGAAAAACGCAAAUAUAGGGAAACGCAAAUAUGGGAAAAACACAAAUAUGGGGAAGACGAAAACAUGGGAAAGACGCAAAUAUGGGAAAGACGCAAACAUGGGAAAGACGAAAUCAUGGGAAAGACGCAAAUAUGGGAAAAACGCAAAUAUGGGAAAAACGCAAAUAUGGCAAAAACGCAAGUAUGGCAAAAACGCAAGUAUCGCAAAAAAGCAAGUAUGGCAAAAACGCAAGAAAUGCAAAAAUGUAAGUAUGGCAAAAACGCGAGUAUGGCAAAAACGCAAGUAUGGCAAAAACACAAAUAUGGUAAAAACGCUAAUACAGCAAAAACGCAAAUAUGGCAAAAACGCAAGUAUGGCAAAACGCAAGUAUGGCAAAAACGGAAAUAUGGCAAAAACGCAAAUAUGGCAAAUCGCAAAUAUGGGAAAGACGCAAAUAUGGGAAAGACGCAAAUAUGGGAAAAAAGGCAAAUAUGGGAAAGACGCAAAUAUGGGAAAGACGCAAAUAUGGGAAAGACGCAAUUAUGGGAAAGACACAAAUAUGGAAAUGACGCAAAUAUGGGAAAACCGCAAUUAUGGGAAAAAAGCAAUUAUGGUUAA